AUGCUCGAUGUUAUCCUCGAUUGUGAGAGUGACGACAAUGAAGAAGACAUCUACAACCAUUCCGGAGAUGACACAAUCGACAAUAACUCUUCCCCACCUUGCUUAAUUCCUUUUGACCCAAAAGAAGGUGCAAUAUCCAACUGCGACAAUCAAAUUCCCGCGCCCGUUCCCAAACCGCAACGGAUCUUAAAAUGUCCGUACUGUCAAUAUCUUGCCAUGAAGUCGUCGCACCUGAAAAGGCACGUGAGGAAACAUACAGGUGAGCGUCCUUUCAAGUGUCCACACUGCCGUUACUCCGCCAUGCGUAAGGAGCACCUCCAUCGACACUUCGGCUUUAAACACAAGGAGUUGCUGAGAGUGUCGUGUCAGGAGUGUCAGUACAGAACCACGGAUGAACAGAGUCUGAACGUGCACCUCAAGCUUGCCCACCCAGAAAUCUUCAACCAGGUGUACAAGUGUGGACAGUGUGAGUUUGAGUCCCCGCGGAAGUCUCAGUACGUGGAGCACACCAAGCUCCACCGCAUGUGGGAGUGUCCGAUCUGCCGGUACAGCACCGGGGACUGGACAACGUACAGACGGCACAAGCGCUCGCACACCGAGGAGAGGCCGUACACGUGUCACAUGUGUACAUACACCGCCAAACUGAAGGUGGACCUUGAGCGCCAUAUUCGUGCGCACACCGGCGAGCGUCCCUUCACGUGUCCGCAGUGCAGCUACCGCGGAGCGCGGAAGGACAGUCUGGUCCGACACAUGCGCACUCACACGGGCGAUAAACCCUACAAGUGUCCUCUGUGUGAGUUUGCCUCUGCACAACAGGGCCAUCUGGUGACCCACAUCCGGACGCACACCGGCGAGCGCCCCUUCACCUGUCCCUGCUGUGAGUACGCCUGCUGCGACCGGUCCAGCCUGGUCAAGCACGUCCGGAUCCACACCGGGGAGAGGCCCUACAAGUGUCCACACUGUCCCUUCGCCGCCAUCCGCAACCAGGACCUGAAAGAUCACAUUAACAUCCACACGGGACAGCGACCGUACAAGUGUAGCCAGUGUUCCUACGCAGCCGCAGACCGCUCAACUCUACGAACACACGCGAAGAAACACAGCCGAAAAUCCCUCUUUUCCUGCCAACAGUGUGAGUUUUCCUGCACCUGCAAAACAACGCUGGUCAAACACCUCAAGAAACAUAAAGGGACAAGACCUUUGAAAGAAGAAAUUAAGGAAGAGAAAGAUGUACCAACGUAUAGAAUACCUGGACAGGUGAAAGAAGAAAUGGCAGAUGACACUUAUUGAAUCACCUGUAAUUGUAAAUGGUAACAGGGAUUUUUCAACUCCAAGUGCAGCAGCUUUGCCUUUAAUGUCCAUGACCAAACUUACCAAAAUUUUUUUGACUGUCAAUAUAUAUGAAACUGACAGUAUGUGUAAUGUUGUAAAUGUUAUAACUGAUUUUAGGGUGUUACAAGGCACAAUCAUGUGUUGGCAAAUUAAAAUGUAAUUAAGUUACAGUUGAUCAUUAUUUUUGAAAUAGACCAAUUUUAAGGCAGGUUCUGUAUGACAGUUUUUGUUGUUCAGAGCAGCCUCUAAUAAUGUACAAAUCAGUGGUCCAUAUAUAUUCAUGCUGCAAUCUUUUCUUAUCCUACUAGGUAACUGGCACAGUCUAGAUAGCAAGUCAAAGCAAAUAUUUGACGCUACUGCUAUUUGUCCUUUUUUUAAAGAA